UCCCACGGCCUAGAGCUGACUACCUCUCUGAAGGGCCAUGGCCAUACCAGAGUCUCUCAGCCCUGGGGACACUCCACUUUCUGUCACUGCUGAGCUCCUGACAUCUUUGAAGCCCAAGGGUCCGAGGCUGGUGGGCUGGGGUGGGGGUCAGGGCUCCACCUGGGUCCCGGACCCCUAAAUCUGUACAGCCCCACCCGCUGCUCUGACAACCACGAUGAAACGACUGUUUAAAAUCCGGCGUACUCAGGCUCCGCCGGAACCCCAGAAGUGGGUCCCCAUCCUUGGGGAGCUGCAGAAGACCCUCCAGAAGGGCGAGUACCUGCCCCUCCGCCCGCUGCCCAUGUUCGAGAGUAACUUUGUCCAGGUGACCAAUCACGGGGCUCCCGCCUUAGUGCACCACAAAACCAACAAGCUGACUAUGGGUGUAGCGGCGUCCUUGCCCGGGCUAGUGCUGCCCGACAUUCUGUCUGCUCGACCCCCGGAGGACAGGGAUUGCUCCAAUCUCAACCUGACCAGGAUGAUCCCUCUAGACCUUGCCCACCUCUAUGUCCACGAUCUGCCCACCUGGCGCCUGAAGCUGCGGCUGAUCACCGGCCGCUACUACUACCUGGAACUGGAUGCCCCUGACCAUGAGCUGGGCUUCUUGUUUGACCGCUGGCUUCGCCUCAUCAACCUGCUUCAUGAGCCUACCAUAUCUUGGGCACCCAGGACCAUGAGCAUGUCCCCCCUGGACGCGACCCGAGACGGAGCGCCAGCCUCCACCUGGCGCCUUCAGGACCAGUCUGGAAGCCGGCUUACAGCUGAAGUUGCUGAGCGCACCUUUCCUCGCAAAAUGUUCUCUUCUCAAAAACAAAGGAAGAACAAGAUGGCCAAGCACAAGUUCAGGUCUCAGGCUGUGGGUGACUCUCUGCCUCUCCUCUGGUCACAACUACAACCUCCUAAGGAUCAGAUGAAAGUCACAGAAAAGAAGGCCUACCCAGGUGCCUGCCCUGCUGGAUCCAAAACUCUAAUCCAUGUUUCUGAGAAGGCCAGCAUCACCAUCCGGACCAUCUUCAGCAUCAUCUCUGGCACGAUGAACCAGGACAACUCCACUUCAAAGACCUACGCAUCUGAUUCUGAGGGAACCAUAGGCCGGGGCCGUCUGAUUGAGACUCCUACACAGCGUGUCUCUCACAACGCCCAUGAUUUAGCCUUCAUGGACUCCCGUGGUCACAUGGACACCUUCCUGUGGACCCAAGACCUGGACAAGCUUAUAGACACCGAGUCCACCUCUCUGUCUUCCCCCUUGCGCAUGUCCCCUUACUCUCCUGCCUUCUACAUCUUUCCACCGGGCUCCUCCUUAACGAAGUCCAAUGACAAAGCCAAGCCCAAGCCCAUAGGCUCGAUGAAAUACAUGUCCUCCCCUAUCACAUCAGGGAAAACACCGUUCAUUUGGGACAAGUCUAAUAAGGUACCAGCUGAGCCGGCCCCAGCUCAGAAGGCCCCGGCUGUACCACGGUCAACCCAGAAGUCUUCAGCCAAAUCUAGCCCCUUCUAUAAGACUCCACGUUCUGGUUCCCGGAAGACCCCAUCCGUCCCUGGGCCCCCCCGGAAGACCCCAUCCAUCCCUGGGCCCCCCCGGAAGGCCCCGGUUCUAGUUACCCAACCCCAGAAAACUUUAACCCCGGUUUUGAAGCGCCCAAAAGCACCUACGGGUUCCCAGAAGGCUGUGCCCCCAAAGAAGGACAUUCUAGUCCUAAAUACUCAGUAUCAGGCUCCAACGGCCCUGUCUCAAGCUCCCGACUCAAAGGCCAAGGCCCCUAUGGAUCCAAGCAUGUUACAGGCAGGAGAUAUGCUCGAGAGAAAGUCUGAAGGGAAACAGGAACCUGGGGUGGGAGAGCAGAAAAGGAAAGCGGUAGAGAUGAAGGCCACGUCCCCGCAGCUGCCCAGCACCACCAACAAGAAGCAAUCCAAGGAGGUCUUGAUUAGUAAAACCCAGGAGAUCACUCUGGAGGCCUUGAAGAGCAGGGGCAAGUCAGAGGAGAAAGUCCACAAGAUGGAGAAGACAACUGUGAACUUGCCUGAUCUGAAGUCCUUGGAGAUAGAGAGUCAGAAGAAAUGGGUCUUGACCAAGGAGGUGGCUGUUGGGGGCCCCUGUCUGGAGGACAGCAGGCCUUUCUCUGUGGAGGGGCUCGCCCUUGCCAAGAUGAUGAUCAUGGCCAACUCCAAACAGCAGCAUCUGAAGCCAACUACCAUCUCUCUGCCCUCCUGGUUCUCUAUGACUUCCAGGGCGUCCGCCAUGUCUGUGUUGGCCAAUUUGCCCUUUAACACCAGCCAGAUGACCUUGCCAGAGAGGACACAGGUAGUGGUCAGGGAACAACCCAGCUCCUAUACUGAGAUGAGAGAGAACAAACCGCACCAGACGGAGAAGAACCCACCCAAGGGCUCGCUGAAGAUGUCCAAGGAACCCACGGCGGAGCUGCCCAAGACUGUUUAUAUUAGCUCAAAGGUGCACGUAAAUUCUCAGCCUCCCAUCGCCGUGCCCGUCUCAGGUUCGAAGGACACGUCCCAGCCACCCACAUCCCUCGCAGAUCCCGUCUCCAAGACAGAGUCCUCAGUGGGGGUGCCCCAAAAGCCUGGAGUGAAACAUCAAGGGCCCAAGCAGGUCAAGCAGGCGAAAACCCAGCAGCAGCCCCUGGCUGUCGCGGGGCCAGCUUCAGAAGUUCUCCUUCCCAUCACCUGGGAAAUGGAGGAUAAGGGGACAACGGCCAUGAAAGAUAAGAUGCCAGUGAAGAAGGCCGGCGUCCAUCAUGCUCAGUAAGCAGCGACCCAAGGAUUUAAGAUAACAUAAUACAGGAGACUCGAUCUACCAACAAGUUGUCCAGAAGCCCAGUGGGGCCAGGUACCCCUGAGACCCGGAAGAUCUGGACCUGGAAGAGUGGGUCUCAGGAACCAGGAGUCAUCCUCCCUUUCCUCCUUCCCUCACAGGCCCACGGGGUGCUGCGCACCCCGGACUG